AUGGGAUCUAGUGAUCCUGGUAAUGAGCCAAUUCUGCCGGGUACAGAUGCUUCGGGCAGCAAGAAGCAGUGCAAGUGGGGCUGCAACUGCGGCAAUGGACGUAUACAUCUGGGCUGCAUGCGUGAGAUGUGCCGCAAGCACUGCAGAGAGAAGGGUGGCUGUCCGGUCAAGACGCAUGCUCUACCGGGUGCUUUCUACCCAACUGCCUCAUCUGUUGCUCUCCAGACUGUUCCUCUGCCAGCAUCUCAGCCGCUAGCGUCUGUCUCUGCAUCUGCCUCUAGGUCUGGGUUAGCUGCGUCUGGCUUGGAUAUCACUGCUUCAGCCUCUCGCUCAGACGGUCUUCCUCCCACAGAUUCUAACGCCGUAUCAGUGCCUAUUGGUGUCCCUCAAUCAACCCAGGAUGAACUUCGUGAGCAACGUGACCCAAGAUCAAUGCCAGCAACCGAUCCACGGCCUGAUGCACGGUAUAUCUCUCAGUUGCCUGCAAUCUUCACGGAGCAGUACCGGCGGGAGCAGGAGAUGCACGAGAAGCGGCGACAGGAUGAAACACAGCGGUUAGAAGCAGAGAAGCGGGUUAGACAGAAGGUGACAGUGUAUAUCUGGCUAGAUGUGCGUAUACUUUACAGCAUCACUCUCCAUAUCUUACUGACGAUCUUUCAAGAUGAACGGGAGCCAGAGGCGGUUGUCAUCCAGGACGGCUUCCACUGGCCAACGUUCACACUCGACGAACCUACGCUCUGCAGCCUGAAGAUUCCGAUCGACCCUCAGAACAUCGGCUGUGCACAGCUCUAUGAAAACAAUGUUCGCUGCUGGUACACCAUCCGAUUAGGGCAUACUGUCGAUGUGCGACAAUACAAUCAGCAUCUAUUUCUGCGCGCAACCUGUGUAGGCAUCUGUCGCAGCCUUGAUCGACUGUUUGACAUGGCGAUGAUGGAGAGCAAGCCACAUCUCCGCGAUUCACUGCGACUGGAGCGCACGUCUGUGCGCCGGGCUUCUGAGGUCAUCCAGACAACACCGUCAUCAAGUAAGAGACGGCUUGACAGCUCUCCGCCCUUACGUGAUGAGCAUCAGGUGAAGAAGCGAGUCGUCUCUUCGCCACUCGGCUUAGGUCUAUCUCUCCCAUCUCCGUCAUCUUCAUCAGUGUCCUCUCUGGCGCCGUUGUCAUCUUUUGGCUCAAUCUGUGUUUCUCAGUCUAUCUCGUCGACACAAUCCUCGGUUCCCGCAUCACCUGCAGCUGUAAUCAAGCAAGAAUGUGUUGAGCUUGCGCUGGUUGCUCCCACCUGUGGUACAUCAAUAGAUAACGCCAUCGAUAUUGAUGCUGGGAGCAAUGACCCUCUCUCCCCAGCUUCGUAUGAGUACUUCAAAAGGUGGCCACAGGACUUCUAUGCUUGCGACAUUCGGGAUGCCUUUGGGGAGCUCGACGCUCUUGUGCACACCAAUCAAGCCAUCGGCCCAUUCUUCACAGCACGCUUCAAGGUGUCAUUUGUAUCCUCGACAUAUUACUCUCACCGACUGAGGUGGUACAGCGCUAGUCAGGAGAUACGUGACAAGAUGAUCUUGGCAGGGCGGACAGAUGCCGGACUUUGGACGGUGUUUAUGAAGCUUACGCCUGCGCACGAUGCUGAGUAUCGUGCCGAGAAGAAGAGGGCUAUACGUAGAGCAAAGUUUGACAUGUCCCCAUCAUAG